ACUGUGGGAAAGGAGCGUGCCUUCGGAGGCAGAUGAAGAAUGUCUGUCCGUCUGUGUCCAUGUCUCCGCUGUGUUCCCGGCUGCCUCCCCGCAGAGACGGCCAGCGUCCCACUCGCUGCUCCACCUCUGGAUCUGAGUCGGCUGGAUUACCGCCCGGACCCUCCGCUCAUUAUUCCACCCUGCCACAUUUAAAUGGGAGGCAAAGUUGGACCUCUGUGGACUGCACGAAAAAUGGUGACAAUCAGUUUGAUUCCUCUCCUGCUUUUAGAAGAUCCUUAGCGUUCCAAAUGAUUUCACUUUUCUUCAGUGAAAGUGUUUUUAUAUGUAAAACCGUUUGAGCUCCUCCUCGUCGGUGCUGUCUAUAUAAAGUAGGUGACUUAUUUUGCAAUAGAACAUUUUGAAAAUUGGCUCUUCAGGCACGUUUUGAUGUGUAAGAUGAGUGGGGAAGAGGUGUAGAAACAUCCUUUCUUAAAACUGAAAAUGUGACUGUAGCACUUUUCUCUGUGUGCUCUGUUAGUGCCCGAUUUCUUUAUUUUUGGUCAGAGUGGAGGCUCCAUGGUGGACUGCAGGUGAACUUGCACCUCUACCAGUCCGUCCCUCUCCAAAGGGGACCCGCAAACUAAACUCUUCCCAGUUAACCCACUUAGACGCUCAAUCUCCCCUGUGGGGGCUUCUCUGAAACAACCGUCCUACUCUAGUUCUUUUUAAUUUUUUAAUUUUUCUUCUGAGGAACACAAGAGCUAAACCAGCAAAAAGGGGGCACAGGGAAGGAAGGCACCCCCCUCCCAAGGUGAGAGGGGGGGAAGAUGGCAGCUCUCGCCAGCUCUCUCAUUAGACAGAAACGGGCGGUCAAGGAGGACCCAGGCAACCGACCGGUAGCCAACAAGCGCAAGCCCUGUCCCAAGAGCAACAAGUCCCUGUGCCAGAAACAGAUCCUGGUCCUGAUCUCCAAAGUUCGACUAUGCGGGGGUCGAAAGAGUCGAACCGACAAAAGACCGGAGCCGCAGCUGAAAGGCAUUGUUACCCGGCUAUACAGCCAACACGGAUACUACCUGCAGAUGCAGCCUGACGGCACCAUGGACAGCACAAGGGAUGAAAGCAGCUCAUUUUCACAGUUCAACUUGAUUCCAGUGGGACUGCGGAUCGUGGCGAUCCAGGGGGCAAAGACAGGGCUGUACCUCGCCAUGAAUAGUGAAGGAUACCUCUACACCUCGGAGCACUUCACUCCAGAGUGUAAGUUCAAGGAGAGCGUGUUUGAGAACUACUAUGUUACAUACUCCUCCAUGCUGUACCGCCAGACCCAGUCUGGCCGCUCCUGGUAUAUCGGUAUCAAUCGUGACGGCCAGGUCAUGAAAGGCAACCGGGUAAAGAAGAACAAAGGAGCUGCACACUUCCUGCCUAAAGUUAUAGAGGUUGCGAUGUAUAAGGAGCCAUCUCUACACGAGCUCGCCGCUGAACCGGUGAGCCCUCCUCGAAAGACGGUCAAGACGUCUGAUUCGCCUUCUCUAAAGAAUGGACGAAAAGAAGCCCCCAAGGCUGACGCCUCAUAGCACAGGAGACUGAGGGUGGGACAGAGAGCAGUGACACUUGGAACACAGUCACUAAAAUAUGCUGAGGGUGGCUGAGGGAAUGGCCACCACGUUCCUGAAGUGCACUACAUGAUGCUGAGGGACAAAAGGGUCAGCCGUCCAUCAGCAGCCGCGAAGGCCUGAGAGAGGAGUCCCCCCCUCACCUGUCCCCACAGAAAGAAAAGUCCAGCGCCCCAGCCUGAACUACUACCACCUCCCCCUUCCACUGUUCUCUGCCCCCUAUGACUUCUUAAUGCACAGUCUCCUUCAUUUCUCUGUCAUACUCCAGCUUCUUUGUCCCGCUGACAAUUUCAUCUUUUCUCACACACACACGCCUACCCACCCGUCGGCUCUAUUGUACUGUAUAUUCACCGCUCGCGCACUUCCAGCGCCGACUCUGCACCAUAAUCCUCACCCAUGGGCCCCCUCUUGAGCCCUAAAGUUGGUGACAGUGUGGCGCCGCCAGCUUUUCCACCCACCAUCUGCCGACCAGCUAAGCUAAUCACCAAGGUCAACUAAAGCUCAGUGAGAUUAAACAGCCCAGAGGGGGGAAAGAUAUGUGCAGGAAGCCUGGGUCCGGUCGGGUCAGCGGAGCAAGAUGAGUGGAUGAGAGAUUGUGAACAGAAAAUUUAGAUUAUGACAUUCAAACUAAUAGAGGUAAUUUUUGUUUUGUUUUGUUUUGGGGUUUGAACCUUUCAAACUAUUUUUUGAUUAAUGUCAGCCAGAUGGAAAAAGUCAUGGAUAUGGUAACUGUAAAACACGAUUAACAUGAUAAGAACAAAAACAACAAGACAACGGAACAGUGGUGAUAAGGUUGGAAAUUAUGUUGUGAAUAUUUCAUGAAGCUAACAAGAGAGGUGCUGCCUGCAAAAUUAUGAAAUAAAAUAAAAUAACUAUUCUUCCAGGAAAGAUGAGCCAUAAAAUAUAUUUUAAAUGUCUAGGUCUUCUUAAUCCAGACUCACAGUAAUAAGAUCAAAAGGCCUGAGCAAUAUUUGUACCAACAAGGCAACAGAUUAUUCUACUAGGAAAGAAAUAAUAGUCAGUGUGUGAAUGAGUGAGAGCCACUUAUCAAGGCACCAUCUCAUCAAAGGCAACAAAUGAGCAAGUGGGUCAUGUUUUAAAACCCAGGGUGCUUCUGAACUCAGUCACCUGAAGAAGGAGCUGUAGUGUAUACUUCACUCAGCAUCUGCUGUCAGCAUAAAGCCAGGUUUGAAGCCAAACAUCAAAGCCAGAGGAGCCUCUGCGCUGGAGCACUUGUUAUUCCGAGGAUGUCUGGCAGCUUAUCCACGCACUAGCUUUAUCAAUUCACCUUGGAAGAAUCUCCCUCAAAAAUGCAGUUGUCUGAGCGAAUGUCUCUGUGUGAUUGUGUUUUAACCCCCGCGUGUGGAUGUCUUCUGUGGUGUGGACGCCCCUGUGAGAUUCUGUGUGUGAAUGAGCCCUAGCAUUUAGAGGUUAGAUACAGAUGUCACCUCUGCCUUUUUGCUUCACAGACUGUAUUUAAACAUGGACUGAAGGGUUAUCACUUCCUGCCACAAUCCUGAAACCAAAACAUCAUGUACCCAAGCACAUUUGGAGCCAGAGACUGCACAGUAGCAAUCAGGGGAUAGAUAAACGUUAGAUAAACGUACUUGACCAGUGUUUCUCACAGAAUUAUUCAAUCUAUGACGGUAACAGGGGUCAUGACAGGGGUCAUGCACAGAUGAUACCAGGUGACAGGUACACGGACUAAAGACUGAAAGAUAAGUCCUCACGUUUGAGAAAGAACUGCAUUGCAUGCCACAGCUGCAGCUGAAACUAUGAGGUCUGACUGUCUGCGUGGACAGCAAAAACGUAAUGAACCAUAGCACGAGCACACUGUAGCUUGAGGUAGCACACGAGCAAAGGGUAGAUCUCUUGUGUUAUUAUGAGAAGUGUAAAAAACGUUUUGGGUCAAUAUGAAACUGUGGCGAGGCAAAUUAGGGAGUGGCGGGCCUCGACAGUCUGAAUAAUUAAUGGGAAAAACUGUUGACCAAUGGAGAGUGAGUCUAAGCUGUCAAUAAUGACAUUUUCAUUAAAUAACUAAUUAAAAAAUUGGAAAAUAAUCUGGGUGAAAAGACCGACCUAAAUUGACAGAAACCAUCUUUAAGAAAAAUGUAUUUAAUGUGUAAUUUGACUUUUUAUUUUGGUACAUGUCCCAUCCACUAAUAUGGAGGGUGUGGGGUUUAUGACCUAUACUGCAGCCAGCCACCAGGGUCAUGUAGUCCAUCUUUCUGUAUAUGGUUUUGCAUCAGGACCCAACACUGUCGUUGACAUGUGUCUGUGAGUGGGAUAUACAUGGUGGGGGAACAUCCAUUUUAUCUCAUGGGGAUGAACCAACAGGAAGUAAUUCCUUACGUUAACAUUUUUGUUUAGAUGCAUUUACCUAAUGUUUUUAUUUGCACUGGGUUUUUCAAGCAGGGACGACUGUUAGACAAAAUAAGCCAUGGCCUGAUGGAAGCCGAGGCUACUAAAUGGGAGCUGUCAGGUUAUUUCAGUGCUGUCGGCUGCUGGGUGCUGUCGGCUCUGCUAAGCCACUGAGGGGAAAAAAAAUGUCACCACAAUGUUCCGUCAAAGUGAAUGCGCAUGGAUACCACCAACAACAGCAGUAGCAGUCCCUCGCUAUGUCAGGAAAAAGCAGUGUUGAUGCCGGAGCAAUGCUCAUUAUGGGAGCUCAAACUCAGCUUCAAUGCAGCAGUGAGGUUAUCUCAUUUUAAGGGUGAAAUAAUGUGCAGAUGGGUUACAGGAGGUGAAACGGUGGCUUCGUGAAUGUGCUGUACCGAGGGCGAAAAAAAAAGAAGUCUGAAAUUGUGCGUUGAAUCGUAAAGAGGUCAGCACACGGAGGCAGUUAUUUAGUGAGAGUGAGGGAUUAGCAGGUGUAUUCUUGAGGAAUGUUGAUAAGGAAUUUCUGCAGUGAAGUAAGCAAGAUUCUUGGCAGGGUUUUAUAUGCAGCAUGAAGAUAUGAUAAUGAACGCGAGACAAAGGGGCAUGUAAGGCACUGUGCGCUAUUUAUGAAAGGGGGUCUAUGGAGGAAAUUAGUUGGAGGGCUUUGCAUUUUUUUUCCACUACGCCUUUUAAUUUUCUGGGUUUUUCCAGGGGGAGAAUCGUUCGCUUCAAUUUUAGAUAUUUUGUCCUUGUAGCUGAUUUCGCAUUGUAGAAUUACAAAUCUAUUUUUGAUGCCAACUCACCCUCUCCCCGGUGGAUUUGGUACAUCCUGGUACGGUUUCUAACUGCGCGUUACUAACUACUGUAUGAUAUCAAAGCGUGAGCACAGCAUGUAGCAUACGACGUUAUGGGCUUAUUUUAGCAGCCAGUACUCCCACAGUCUUCAGUGUUUGUGUAUUCCGUCUGAAGCUCCUUCGUGCCACUUCGGAGUUGAUCAUAAGUUCACUCCAUAAGCACUUGGCGGUGCAAAGCAGUGACAAAGUGACAGCAAGGGAAUUUUGCAAGCCAAAAUAAGACAUCAUGGCAUUUUCUCCUUUGGGCUGUGACUUAUUCUUACUUUCACUUUUGUUUUUUAUCUAAAGAAUAUUUUUAUAAUUAACUGUAACCCUGGUCUAAAUGAAGACACAUUUAAAUUCACUAGAUCGAUAUGUUAAUCUAUAUCUGGACAUUCAUAAAUAUCAGUCCCCUAAACAUGCCUGAUUGUUUUCCCUCAAGAUUCAUAAAAUUAUUCUCUGCAAAGUCAAAGAAAAUAUUGAAAAAUGCCCUAUCUUACAAUGUUAAAGAAAAACUAUUAAUGGAUACUUUCCUGACCUAUUCCCCCUCUUUCCACCACGUUUAAUAGAAAUCUGUCUCUUGGUUUUGUCUAAAUAUAAGAGAGAUCAAAAUUCCUCCAUAGAUCUCUUAAAUCCCCAAAAAAGUCUUUACUGUCCUGAUGCUAAAGAAUUUCACAGUAAGUUGUCGGACAGUGAUACUGCAAGUAGAACAGAGAUGAGAGUAACGUUAAGUAGUCUGAUGAGUAGAAGUAGUCUGACAUUGAAUGUGAAAAAGUAAAGUAGAGGUAGAAUGUAAACAGGAGGUGGUAAACAGAGAUUUGACAAUGAAUGUGAGAGAGACUUAGAAAGCAAGUAGGUGUAAUGAAAGCAACAGAAUGCAGUUGUUAAGUGACGCUCUUGAAUGUAAAAGUCAUGUGAGAAGAUGGCAGCCGCAGGUCCACAGAGAGAGAGGUAGCGAAAGAGUAGAACAGAUACUAAAAUGACCUUUGUUUUUGCUGUUUGAAGGAGUCAGAAAGUCCUCCACUUUGCCAGUGGGAAUACAUGUAUGUGACGUCAGGUCUUGACAGCGGGGUGUUACCAUGGAGCAUAAAAAAGCAGAUGUAUUAUGUGUGCCCACACAUAAGAGAUUUAAAGUCGUAAUCCCUUUCCUACACACAUCCCCAUAUUUUAUUUCUACUUUCUUUUAAAACACUGUCGUCGCCUGCGUGGGUGUAUACUUACAGUGUGUUUAUAAGGUCUGUGUGUGUGUGUGUGUAUCUGUGAUUAAGAGUCAGGUAAGACAAGACAGAGGCAAGGAGAAAAAGAAAGGGCAUGAGAGUGAAACAGUGAUCGAUAGACUCAAUAAAACAUAAACGAGAGAACAGCCACCCUGGGAUCGGUGUGGAAAUCUCCCCAAGGUCAGCCAGAGACAGGGAAAUCUAUUUCUUCAUAAUGAACUCGGAGAGCUGUUGUUUGAUUUCGAUCUGCAAACUCGAAAGAAAAAGAAAAAAAGAAGACGCCAACUCGACGACAACAGAAGGAAAGGGUUUGGCUUAUUUCUUGAGGCCUUGACACUGGGCCCUGGACAAAUAGCUUCCUCUUGAAACAAUGUGAAUUGCAGCAGCCACACUGUCCAUACAGGUCCAUAAAGGUAGUGCAGGUGCAUAAACAUAAACCAUCUCCCCAAAUAUAAGACUUCGAGGAGAGUAAAGGUCUUUGCACAUAAAGUCAGAAUUGUUCGUCGGAAUUUGUUGCACAUUCAAAAAUAAAUACAUUAUCGUUAAAGUUUUUGCAACUAAUUGACUUUGCUGGAAUUUCCGCAUCUGUCAAAGGCGUUUGCAGAGAGUUUGGUUGAGGUGUUCGGGAGCAAUUCGAUCACAGAAAUUAGUUUUCUUCAUUUUAAUAUGCAGUCUGUUGGAGCUUGGAAGUGAUCAGGAUCAUUUCACAGCUCCACGAUCAGCAGAUGAAAUUGUCUUUGUCCUGUGCAUGACGAUCUUUAUUGGAUGACAGAUUUAAAAAAAAUGCAUGAAAAAUACGGACUUGUUCUGCAAAGACCUUAACUCAUUGGAAAACUGGAGGCACGUUGCACCUUACAAGCACUGGGCAUUGCCUAAUGCAUUUCAAAGGGAAAUCACUAGGAGGUUCUUAUAAAGGUUAUGGUCGUAUACAACCAGGGAAUCAAUUCAUCCCCGUUAGUGGGACUAACAGGCAAUAAUGAAUAUUCAACUGCAGUUCAGCCAUCACCUGUGUUUAAGCUUCCAUUGCACUGCACAAGGAACCAACAUCCAGGGGAAAUCUCUGGAAAAAAAGAUUGGUACCAUUUGGUUUCAGGUGUAUUAUUAAGAACCAGUAACACAUUUUGAUCGCACUGAGCGCAGCAACAAUACCACACAGUAGCAUCUGUGAAAUGCAACCAUUCUGAGCUAUGCAUCUCAAGUUAUUUUCUAUGGAGCCUUUUGUUUCUGUCUUAGGAAUAUGAAUGAAUUUUGAAUUAUUUCACAUUAAAAAAAAGAGCUGAACUGCAGACCAAUGUGAUUAAACAGCUUUCUAUCACUGUCUAAAAAAACACUAUUUUUAUUAUUAGUACUUAAAACCUGUCUACUGAGAGAUGUGCCAUCAAAACUGGGAAAAUCUAUGUAUAACUAGCUCCCUCUAAUGGAAGAAGUUGGGAGCUAAAAGGUAACACACUUAGUCAAGGGUACAAAAAAAAAAAGAAAGAAAGAUUAAUCCGGUAAAAAAAUAUAUAAAUCUAAUUCUAUGACAACCGAUUAUUGCAAACCCCAUCAAAAAAUUGAAUAUUAUAUAUAUGUCCUUAAAUCACAUUGCUAAAUGUAAAUGUGCAAUGCUCACUGUUGUUCAGUAUUAAAUACUGAUUAAAUACUGAUGGACCAGGUUGAGUCUUGGGUGCAACACUGUUUGAAUAUGUCUAAUCAAAUAAGCAGCCGCUUCCCUUUAAAGGGCACAGCGCAGAAGCCAUUUAUUUUGUAUGUGUAUGUUUUGCUCCUGCAGGCUGAUAUUUCUCCUGUUGAUGUGAGUGGAUACAUGUAAAAGAGUGUUCCCCUUGAUCGCCAUGCAACAUGGCAGUAUACCUACAGACAUCAAAACCUAUCCGGAUGACCUAAAUGUUCGGAAUGCUGCCAGUUUACAUGUAUGUUGUGUGAAUAAUAUGCUGUAUAUCUGAUGUCAGGUCUAUUUUCUUUUGCUCAGAAAUGUACUUAAAUAAUCGUUGUUGAUGUUUUUGUAUUGUAUUUUAAUUCUGCCAUGUCAUGCCUCCUCCUCCCUGAAUGUUCCUCCCUUUGAUGUGUGUGUGGUUUUUUUUCCUUUGGUGGACAUUUGUAUCCACACUGGUCUCCCGAGUGAACUUCACCCGAAACGGAAUCCCACUGUGCACCUGAGUUUUUUUGUUUGUGAAAGAUGCGAUGCGUUGGAGUGGAAACGGCAGGACAACAGCAGCAUCUAAAGCCAACAUGUGUCCUCUCGUACCCACUCACUGACCUUGGUGGUCUCUCGAGUUACGGUCACGCAAGUCUUCCAGAAAGUUCCCCCAACCUCUCUCUCUUACUGUUAAGGACUUGGAUUUCUUUCAAGCCAAUCUUCUUGUCUUCCGAAAAAAAGAAAAGAAAGAAACUUUGAAAAAAAAAAAAAAAGCCAUAAAUAAAAAUGGGCCCUGGCACUGACGAGCCACAGAGAGAAGGCCUGAAUCCUCAGGCAGCUCCCGAGUGUUACCAGGGAUUUGGACGUAUGUUGGACUCCUUACAGAAAGAGCCAAAUGAAGCAGCAGGAACAUAAUGACUUUUUUUGACCACAGCAGCACAGCAGGAAAAGAAGACCUGCAAUAUGCAAUGAGAGCUAACGGCCUGCAGCGCUCAAGGAGUGGAGACAAAUUCCGCAAGGUUAACGAACUACAAUCAGGAUUUGCAGGCUACAAAGGCAAUCAGUGGCCGCAAUAAUUACUAAUCGUCUGGACUGACAUGGGGAUUUAUUUUUUUGCAAAGCAUGCAUACGUCACCGUCAUUUGGCUCUUUAAGGACGACUCCCUCUCAGUAUCAAGCCCUCGAUUCACCCUCGCUCUGUGUUUGCCAUCAGACCUGUGUACAUUUCUACGAUACCUCCUACAUGAAUUGAAAGGAGAGGUCUUAUUCUGGAAUAUUAUUCAAUAAAAUAACAUAUAUUUGUAUGAUUGUAA